AUGUCACACUUCUUCUACUUGACUCCACAGAUUCUUCUGCCAUUUAGCCCUCUUACUUCUCAAGAGUUUGAUCUGAUCAGACGCAAGGCUGGAGCAUCUUGGCAGAAUGAAACACGGUGGUCAGAUUCUUCUGUGACAACAUACGCAGGCAGUUACCGGAAAAAACAACUGGACAAGUUCACAUGCAGCCGGUUUUCUUUCAGAGCAGGACAGCAUAAGCCUGAGUGUAAACAGAUGCCAUUGCCAAACAGGUCUGCCUGGAAUCUGCCACUCCGCCAGGCCAGUACCCAGGAGACUACGGAUGUUAAAGGACUAUUCCCUGAUAUAACCAGAUCCUUUAAAACAUCAUUUGAUGUCAAACAUGGAGUGGCACACCAAAUUUGGGGCUUUGGUGAUUUUUCUCGGGCACCUCCAAAUUAUGAAAAAUCAUGUGUGAGACCUAAAAAGCCAGCACUUGGGACCCUGAUGAGUUACAGACUGCGAGGGAGAGGCAUCCUAAAGCGUCUUCAGGGACAGUGCGAUUCUGAAAGCAAGGUUGGCUCAUCCGAAGACUCAGAAACUGAUCAAUACUCCGAUUACGGCCAGGGAGGACCGUUAUCGUUUUUUUAG